AUGGCGUCGCUGCUCACCCUAAUGACCAACGUCCUCCUUGGAUACGUCGGCCUCAUCCUCUUCUUUUACUUGCUCUCGCUCGCAAUCCCCCGCGCCGGCUUCGUCGCCCGCGUCCUCGUCUCGUACGCCAACAUCCUCGCCGCCGCCAUCUUCGGCGGCCUCGCCUCCAUCUUCCUCACCAUCAUCGGCCAACAGCGCAUCUCGCAAUGGGUCACCGGCCGUUGGUUCCACUUCACCAUGCGUUGGACCACGGGCAUCCGCUUCACCGUCGACGACCCCCGCGACAUCCUCGGCACCACCCGCCCCGCCGUCUUCGUCGGCAACCAUCAGUCCGAGCUCGACAUGCUCAUGCUCAGUAAAAUGUUCCCCAAGUACUGCAGCGUCACCGCCAAGAUUGACCUCAAGCCCAUCCCCUUUCUCGGCUGGUUCAUGCGCCUCAGCGGCACCAUCUUCAUCAACCGAAACAACUCCAAGGACGCGAGGCACGCCAUGGCCGGCGCCGCCAAGGAGAUCCGCGACAAGCGCCAGAGCGUCUACAUAUUCCCCGAGGGCACGCGUAGCUACACGAAGGAGCCCGAGCUCUUGCCCUUCAAAAAGGGCGCUUUCCACCUUGCCAUCCAGGCUGGCGUGCCCAUUGUGCCCUGCAUCACCGCCAACUACAGCCACAUCCUGUACCUCAAGAACAUGGUCUUCAAGUCGGGCACCAUUCCCAUCAGAAGUGCGCCAUCCCCCCCAUGGCCGAGCGCCAUAUACCCUCGUCUUGCUCUCGCUUGUGCUAAACAUGCUGCAGUCCUCGACCCCAUCCCUACCAAGGGCCUUACCUCUGCCGAUGUCGACGAGCUGUCCCGCACCACGCGCGAGCUCAUGCUCAAAGAGCUCAUCAUUCUCUCCGCCGAGGCCAAGGGCCAGCCCAUCCCCGACUCCGGCCCGCUCAACGGCUCCCCCGUAGCCACCAGCACUGGCAUCGACACCAGCUCCUAG